CUCGGAGAGACUGUGACACCAUGGCUUUGGUUAUGGAACCUAUAAGUAAAUGGACACCAAAGCAAGUACUGGACUGGAUGAAAGGGCUGGACGACUGUCUGCAGCAGUAUGUGAAGAGCUUCGAGCGGGAGCAGAUGGGAGGGGAGCAGCUCCUUCACAUCACCCAUCAGGAGCUGGAGGAGCUGGGGGUCACCAGGAUAGGACACCAGGAGCUCAUCCUAGAAGCCGUGGACCUCCUCUGUGCCCUGAACUACGGCCUUGAGACGGAGAACCUGCGCACCCUGUCCCACAAGCUGAACGCCUCGGCCAAGAACCUGCAGAACUUCAUCCUGGGCCGGCGGAGGGGCGGGCACUACGACGGCCGGGCCUCCCGUAGGCUGCCCAACGACUUCCUCACCUCUGUGGUCGAUCUGAUUGGUGCAGCCAAGAACCUGCUGGCCUGGCUCGACAGGUCACCGUUUGCCAGUGUGACAGAAUACUCCUUACUGAAGAAUAACAUCGUGCAGCUCUGCCUGGAGUUGACCACCAUUGUACAACAGGACUGCACCGUAUAUGAGACAGAGAAUAAAAUCCUCCACGUGUGUAAGACCCUGGCUGGGAUAUGCGACCACAUCAUCUCAUUGUCUUCAGACUCUCUGGUCUCCCAGUCGGCACACCUGGAGGUUGUCCACCUGACGAGCAUUAUGCCCAGUGAAGGACUGGGAAUGUACAUCAAAUCCACAUACGAUGGACUCCACGUCAUCACCGGAACUACAGAAAACUCCCCUGCAGACCUGUGUAAGAAGAUUCACGCAGGAGAUGAGGUCAUCCAGGUCAACCACCAGACUGUGGUGGGCUGGCAGCUGAAGAACCUGGUCAACGCUCUGAGAGAGGACCCGUGUGGGGUCAUCCUCACCCUGAAGAAGAGGCCCCAGAACACGUUGAGCUCCACGCCGGCCCUGCUAAGGAAUGUGCGGUGGAAACCCCUUGGCCUGCAGCCCAUGCCCACCAGUCCCACCAGUACAUCUCCUACUCCUGUGGGGACGUUGGGCAUGUCUAAGAUGGACGCCCCCAGUAUGCAGGACGUCUUCAUCCCCCCCCCCCCCCCCCCCCCCCCCCUCAGGGAGGAGCUGGGUCUGAUGUCCUGCGAUGACAUCAGCAGAUACAACGUGGGCUCCCAGCCGGGCUCCAAGAGCUCCGAGGCAGUCAGCUACUACCUGGACCAGGACAGCGGCCAGUACUUCUCCCUGCUGGAGCCCGACGGACCCCCGGGGCCCGAGUACGACCGGGGCCGCAACACGGGGGUCCGACGCCGGGACAAGACCCCUACACAUGGUGACCUCAGACCUGUCUCCAUGCCCCCGGAAUAUAAUUGGAUGGCAGAGACAAAGGAACCGAUCAUGGGCAAGAGAGGGAGUCGAGACUCGGACAACUCGCUGCUGCGCUACCUCAGCGACGACAAGAUCCUGGUGAUCGAGGAGGAGCCAGAGGGCCCGAUCCGGGAGAGCCGUCGGGACUCCACGCGUCGCUCCCGCCGCAAGAGCCGCAACCCCAGCAGCCCCAGCUUCCCCAUCAGCCCGUCCAUGCUGUCGUCCACGCUGCGGCUGGACGCGCCCCCCGAGGCACUUCCUGUACGGCGAACGCAUCACACUUUCCAUUACACCUCCCUAAGAACGAAACCCAAAAAGAGAAGUAAAGGUUCCCUUACGAGCGCCAGUCGCAGGAGAAUCUCCUGUAAAGACCUGGGCCACGGGGACUGUGAGGGGUGGCUGUGGAAGAAGAAAGACGCUAAGGGCUACUUCACCCAGAAGUGGAGGAAGUACUGGUUCAUCCUCAAAGAGUCCUGUCUGUACUGGUACACCAAUCAGAAUGAUGAGAAGGCAGAGGGCUUCAUCAGUCUCCCAGAGUUCAGAAUAGACCGAGCGAUUGAGUGCAGACGGAAAUUUGCCUUCAAAGCCUGUCAUCCCAAAAUCAAAAGUUUCUUCUUCGCCACCGAUUGUCUCGAGGAAAUGAACAGGUGGAUGAACCGUCUUGGCCUGGCUGCUAUUGGCUACACCCCCGACGACAAGGUGCCACGUCCGGAUGAAGACUACUGGAGUGAGAGUGACCAGGAUGAGGUGGAUGGCUCCAUGACCCUCAAACAGGAGGGGCCCUCGUCCAUCUGUGAUACCUACCACCGCACGCCAUCAACCCACCUCCUCCACAGCUACGACCAGCUGCCCCGCUCGCUCAGCUCCAUGAGCCUCAUGCGCUCCACCCCCUCCCCGCUUCUCCCCCUGCAGGUCAACUCCUCCAGCCCCUUCCCGGAGCCCAAGCACGGCCGCCACUUCUCCAGCGAGUCCACGCACUCCCACUCCUCUGCGGAGGAGCAGCGCGGCGACACCAUGGGCGGGGGCAUGGGCACGGGCACGGGCAGCACCAGCACCCACUCCUCCGGCUGCCGCUCCACGCACCGCGAGCGCCGCUCCUGGCAGGACCUCAUCGAGACGCCCCUGACCAGCUCCGGGCUCCACUUCCUGCAGACGGGGCCCGGGGAGGGGGGCGGCGACGGGGGCUACGGAGGCAGCGUCAUGGGGGUCGGCAUGUCCGGGGACAUGGGCCAGUACGGCGGGCUGGGGAGGCACAGCAUGUCCCCCGAGAGACGCAGGCAGGCCACGCUGCCCGUGAGGAGGCACCACGCGGCCGAGAGGGACCGGGAGAGGGACGGGCCCUUUCCGCUGGAGCGGGGGCCCCACACGCACGCGCACACGCACCGCCGCUCGCACAAGCAGCGCAGCCAGAGCCUGCCCCGGAACAGAGACCCGCGGCCGGGCAAGCCGCUGCACACCCCGGCACGCAUGGAGGAGAGGAGCGAGGACGAGGAGGCGGAGGAGAACUCCGCUGAGCUCCACCAGGCGGAGGAGGAAGGUGAGGAGCGGGGGCCCGAGGGGCCGUCCGUGCCCAUGGACGGGCUGGAGCAGCUGUACCGGGCCCUGGAGCAGGCCAACAUCACGGCCAUGGGGGACCCGCGGCCGUGCAGCCGGCAGGAGCUCCGCCGCUGCUUCACCCAGAGGACCCGGGACCCCUUGCUGAACGACCGGCUGCACAGGGUGCGCGCCCUCAGGAGCACUCUGAAGGCCAAAGAGUCGGAGAUGGCCGUGAUCUGUGCCCUGCUGGAGGACCCGGGCCUCUGCUCCCAGAGCUUUAGGGAGUGGAAGCAGUGGCACAGUGAGCUUUACUCAGACAUCUGCCAGCUCAGCCCCCCGUCUGGCACCAACGGCCAAGACGACCGCUCCCUGUUGGUGGCGACACUCAUGACCCACACGCACUCUUUCAUUGAGACGCACGUGUGA